UGUUUUUAAUGCGAAAGUUCUCUGGAGGUAUACGGCUAAAGUGAAUCACUGGGAUUUCGAAGGGCUAGCAAGAUAUACUGAUAACGAGAAUUUACUACACAGCAUACACAUUCACAGAAAUAAUGUGUAUGUCCUUUCAAGAAGUGGCGAUGUUUUUCUCUUGUGCUGCAAUACAUUUCUGAAAAUAUUUCACUUAAGUGCAUCCCUUUCGACAAAAUUGCCUAAGGAUUCAGUGCCAUUAAUGUUUUAUACUUGCAUCCUUCUAAGAAAUGUACCAAAUGCCAAGCCUUGUGAUGCAGUAAACCGAUACGGAAAAUACGACUUUUUGAAAAGCAUAUCUCGGGAGGGAGUCACAUGUGUUUUAGAACACGGUCAUGCUACACUAUUUGGAUAUAUAAAUGGAGAAAUAGAAAUAUAUCUUAAUAAAAAUUUAAUAGAUUCAGAAGUACCCGAGUUAAAGUUCAAUUUGCAAACUUAUAUAGAUGACAUAAGCGACGAGAUCCCUAACCUGAAAAUCAGAGCACUCGACAUUUACUACGAUAACACAAGACAUCAUUUGUUUGUGACGACAUGUUAUCACGUCUUUGAAUUGUUACUAUGUUUUUAAGUUUGUUGUAUCAAAAAUAAUUAAACUCUACUGUAUAUAAUUUAUAAAAAUCAUUUUUUAAUAAUAUUAAUGUUUAAUACAUCUACUACGUCCAUAAAUUGAAUAACACAUUUCUCUUACAUACUUCACAUAUGUACUUAUUAAUAAAUCUUUUAAUGUUUAUAUCAACCUAACCUAACCUAACCAUGUUUAUCUCAAUUUAUUGUAGUGAUUUUAAUAUACUCUUUACUCUCA